AUGCCACCAGCGCCCAAAGUCAUGGCAAUCUAUUUCCCACAGUAUCAUGCAUUCGAGGAGAACGACCGCUUUUGGGGUCGUGGUUUCACAGAGUGGACAUUGCUGAAGCCUUUCGAAGGGAAAGGGAUCCGCAAGCCGUUGAGUGUGGAGCAAGGCGGCCUUGGGUUUUAUGAUCUGACGAGCAGGGAUGUUCGCAAACAGCAAGCGCAGCUUGCGAUGGACCAUGGUGUACACGGUUUUUUGUUUUACCACUAUUGGUUUACAGGCAAAGGUGUGAAAAAACCAAUGGUGAUGGAGAAGAUACCGUCGUUGAUGCUUGAAGACGGCGAGCCCAACAUGCGGUACUUUUUCAAUUGGGCAAAUGAACCGUGGACAAGGAUGUGGAAUGGUCGUGCAAGUGCAGAAAAUCCACCACUUCUUGCUCAAGAAUACGGGGAUCAAAGUGAAUGGCAAAAUCAUUUUGAGUUUCUGUUGCCCUACUUCAAGCACGAACAGUACAUGAAAAUGAAUGGCAAACCAAUUUUCGCAAUCUACAGACCUGGUCUUAUCGCUGCCGAAGCAAAGCUUGGCCCCAUGCUGUCACUAUGGAGGCAACUGGCCCAACAACAUGGAUUUCCUGGCAUGUAUUUUGUAAACACUCACAGCGGGUUCUGGCAAGAGAUGGUUGGGCAGCCUCAAUUGUUCGAUGCUGCAUACCAUUUUCUCUCAACAUGUUGUUCCUCGGGAAGAGAAUACAAUAUCGCAACGGCUGCAGACCAAGGCCUGAACCACGAGCCGGUUCAAUUCUGGGGAGCUUUCACAGGCUUCAAUAACCGGGUAAGAGGCACUGUUCAGCUUAUGGAGAAGCCAGUAACACCACAUCAAUUCUACGCAGCAUUGGUACAUUCAUUCAGCGCUAUGGCUUCGGCGCCCCAGAGGCGGCUAGACCAGUUCUCCAAUAACAUAUUCGUUGUGGCCGCCUGGAACGAGUGGAAUGAGCAAAACGUGCUGGAGCCGGACACUGAGUACGGUUUUGGAUUUCUGAAGUCUUUGCAGAAGGCUUUGACACAUUUUCAUUCAUCGAGAUUUGUUAGCACUGGCGACCUGUGA